CUGCUGACAAAGCAUUCUCACGAUGUGGUCAACAUGAACAUUACGCUUGAACGAACCUGUACGCUUCCCGUCGACGCCGCCUUUCCAUACAACUUUGCCCGACAUGCAAGAUGGUGCCCAGAUGGCUCACCGGCCGCUCUAGUCCAAACUGAAAAUCGCACAUUCCAUGUCGUUCACCUCGAUUCAGUUACAAAAACAUUUCCCCAAGCCUCGCCGAUCCUGUCUUUGGCAUGGUAUCCCACCGCAUCACCCUCGUCGCCGGCGACGUUCUGCUUCGUUGCUGCCAUCAGAGAUUGCCCAAUCCAUCUUUUUGACGCUUCUGACGGCCGUCUCCGCGCGUCAUAUCCCAUCAUUGACCACCGUGAACAACAUGUUGCCCCACACUGUAUGGCAUUCAACCUUAUGGGAACCAAGUUGUACUGUGGACACCCUGAUGCUAUCGAGGUGUUUGAAGUCUCUCAACCAGGCCAUGAAGGAUUAAGAAUUCCUACCUCGCCGACGAAGAAAAGCAAAGACGGGCUGAAGGGAAUCAUUUCUGCAAUCUCAUUCACUUGGGGCUACUAUGCCAUCGGCACACUCACCCCCUGCGACUUCCCCAUUGCUAUAUACAGCGAGGAAGACGACGAGCUGGUCGGAUUCGUCGGUGGGGGACCACGCGCCGCUGUCAUACAGCUUGCCUUCACACCUGCAGGACAACUGCUAGCUUCCUUUCGCCGACACUCAGCCAUAUAUGCAUGGGACCUGUCUGCUCCUGAUGCACCAGUAGCCGUAUAUGAUUUUGGUACACCGACAACGUCGAACCAACGACGGUACUUUGAUCUACAUCCCACGGGACGAUGGUUGGCUGUCGGCGACGAAGCAGGUACCGUCCAUGUCUUCGAUUUGACUAGCGAGAAUCGGACGUCCUUUUCGGUUCACGGGGACGCAGUGCCGUCGGUCGCUUUUCAUCCUACGGAACCACUUCUCCUUACUGUGGCAGGUUCGAGGCAUUUCGAUGAUGUUGAUGACGAGGAUGAGGAGAAGAAGCUGCAUCCUGUCGUUAGAGACGCGUCUAUCAAGGUCUGGCGCUUCGUUCUAGACUUUCAUGCCUUCACCUGCAUCGCGUGUGCCGUGAAAUACUAGUGCUUUCACAAGAUGAAGCCCCUCUCAUACUGGACCGGAUGGGAGACAAAUGUGUUGGUACA